UUUAUACAUUUUUAUAGCUGGUCGGUCUGGUUGAUUAAAGCUGCUGAGAGAAUCUCUGAGUUAUUUUCAACGACCUUAAACGCCCUACCGCAAUCCAAAGCUCUCGUCUUGGCAGAGCUUUGGCCAGCAGAUUAGAGCGAUAAGGUGUCAAAUAGUUCCAGUUCUUAAUACGAUCUCCGUACACACAGAGCGAAACUUUCCGCAGCAACGCAACUAGAAGCUAGAGAUCAACAACACGUUCAUCAUGUGGGCCGAUCUCAAAAACAAGGUGAUCUUGGUGACGGGCGCCGGUGCGGGCAUCGGCCAAGCACUGGUCAAAGAGCUGGCAGGCGCGGGAGCCACGGUCAUAGCAGUGGCCCGCAGCGAGGCACAGCUCAAGGAGCUAGCUGCCUUUGAUCCCAAGCACAUUCAGCCCCUGCAGCUGGACCUGGCCGAGUGGCAGCCGGUGAGAGAGGCCCUGGCCAAGGUGCCACUCUUGGACGGACUGGUGAACAAUGCCGGAGUGGUGCUGACCAAAAUGGGGCGUGACAAUUGGUCGGAUCCCGGCAAGAGCGGACCCCUGCUGGCCCACAUUCCGCUCAAUAGGUUCUGUGAGGUGCAGGAGGUUGUCGACGCCACUGGCUACCAUUAAUCCGCGUCAGCGAAACGGAGCAAAGCUUCUCGAAAUCAAAGUCCAACAGAUUGCGGUUGAUCGUGUCCAGGUAGGGACACACGCGAUACUUCGGAUUGAACACGGAUGGCGUCUCUGCAUGGUGGAAAAGAG